AUGGCCUGCCGCGGUGGAAGUGCUAACGACAACAAUCCCAGCCACUACUCGAUCAAGACGACAGCCUCCAUCGACCAAUGCAAGGAGACUUGCCGCAUGUCCUCCGCUUGCGUGGGCAUUGAAUUCAUCAACACGCGUUGCGAAAUUUGGACACGGCCGCAGGGCAUCGAAGCUGGAUUCCCUCUUGCAGGGUAUACGUGCCUGAAAUAUCAUGGCGGUCUGAAGCCUCCUGCGAGCACAAAGCAGCAGAGAGAUGCUCGAUUCCUCAUUCAGGCAACCUUCGGACCAACCUUGGCCAGCAUCAACAACUUCAACGUGAGCUACCAGACCUGGAUCGGCCAGCAGAUGGCAAUGAAGCCAGGUUACCACCGGGAAUACUACCGCAAGCGGGUGAACCCUCGCCCGGUUCGCAGCGCGUCCUCAUUGAGGUCCGGCAACCUGCUCUCCAGAUGCAGCCCAGGAUCCAGGUGGGUCAACCACGUCAUCCUGAAGUCGGACAGGUACCGAAAAAUCAAGGUGCGAGGCAACAAGAUUUUCAUUGACGACUUCUUCAGGAGCGAUGUGGACCCAGCCUACUUGGGCAAUGGCUUGAGGCAGCCAGACGCCUGCACGGACAUCCCACCGAAAGACUGGGAAGGCAAGGGCUACACAUGCACGAACCGCAGGUACUGGGUGGACGACAACUGCAUCAAGGACGAAGUCUGGGUGGAGGAGCAGUACUGCCAGAAGAGCUGCUUCGAGGAGAACUUGGCUUACGACAACAUGGACUGCUCACCAGGUUGGGCAGGGAUGGACUAUGAGGGCUACAUCUGCACGGUGGACGGGGACGCAACGCGCGCCUGGGUGAAGUUGAACACCAAGGAGAGCUGCGAGGGCUCGUCCACCGAGACAUACAUGUUGAACCCAGGCGUUUGGAAAGCUAAUCCGGACAGCACCAUGACCCAACCCUUGGCAUUUGAAGUCUUCAAGCCGGGUGUGCUGAUGCUGACGGAGCCGCCCAGCAAGUGCAACCUGGGUACUAUCAUCCGAUCCAGCCGGGAGAAGCCCAACCAGUUCUACAUGUUGGAGGAACGCCUCGAGCUGCUGGAGAACACUUUGGAGAGUCCUUCCGCCACGGGGGUGUCAGGCGGCAAAUGCCCUACUGUGGCGCGUACGUUCCUCAACGAGCACACCUGCCGGCUGUUGCCAGGUUGCUUGCCCUUGGGCCAGGACAAGCUCUCGGUGGCUUUGACCACCCACAACCUGGCGAAGUUCUUCACGGUUGGCGGCCGCUACGUUUACGAGGUCUCCGGCUUGAUCACGACCAAAACCCCGUGCGGUAAGACAUCGCGGUGGAAGAAGUGCAGCAGCGGUUGCAUUGCCACAAGCGGACUGUCCGACAGCGACAUCGACAAGAUUGCCGACGCGCUCCAGGCUGCAUCGGAGGAAGGGGACGUCCGUGACAUUGACGUCUCCUGCUCCAACGUCGAUGCAGAAUCCAUUGUUGCGGUCGGCAGUGAUCUUUUCCAGCACGUUCAUAAGGACGAGGGCAGCGUCUACGACUUUACGGACUGGGUCCUGCAGCAUCCGGGUGGAGCAGCCAAGAUCAAGCAGUUCACUGGCAUGGGCUACAAGCUGAUCUACCCUUCCUGGCAUCCCAUGGAACGCUGGGAUGCCAGUUUUGCGACGCAGGUCAUUCAGCCCCAAUAUGUGGGCAAGUUCGGCAGUCAUGUGCAGUACCACAACCUCCCGGCCACCUUGCAGACCGAAGAGAUCGCACAGGCCUUGGGUGCUGCCUCGGAGGCCACGGAAUACUCGGCCGUGUGCGGCUCACCACAGGAGGUGGCCAACGACCCGGACAUGGGACACCUGCUCUCCUUCAAGCACGGCGGGUCCGACGAUAUAUAUUUCGACCAGGAGUAUCACUUCUGGUGGAAUCGGGACCGACGCGCCAAGCAAAUGAUCUGGACCAUGCAUGCCCUCUACGCGGACGAUCAGCUUCGCCAGCGAAUGGCCUGGGCUUUGUCGCAGAUCUACGUGGCUUCCGUCAGCGGACUCGGCUACUCCGAGAGGGUGGAGGUGUGGGUGAAUUUCUACGACAUCUUCGUCCGCAAUGCUUUCGGCAACCUGAGGGAUGUGUUGCAGCAGGUCACGUACAGUCCGGUCAUGGGCAGCUACCUGACAUACAAGGGGAACCGUGCCUUUGAUGAGACCGGGCGUUUCCCGGACGAAAACUAUGCGCGCGAGGUCAUGCAGCUCUUCUCCAUCGGCCUUUGGAAGCUCAACCCUGAUGGGACACAGAUGCUAGACUCGAGUGGCCAGCCAAUUCCAACCUACGACAACGAGGCAAUCAUGGAUUUUGCGCGUGUUUUCACGGGCUUCAAUGACCAGCCGAACCGCGGCAACUACGAGCAUCUGGACGGCAGGAACUGGAUCGACCCCAUGCGGAUGACCGCCCGGCAUCACGACAAGUACCCGAAGCCGGACCUGGAUGGCAACUACAUCGGGGACGGCUACCCGCUUUGCUCGGACGCCGCCGACCAGGCCUUUCUGGCUAAGGGGGCGAAGUUCAGCUUUGUGGGCGCCUCCAAGCACUUGGAUCCGGACCACAAGGAGGGUGCCCUCGUGUUGGACAGCAGCUCCGGCCUCUACCAAGCCCUCUGCUUCGAGUCCGGUGGCAAGUGCAACUACAACCUCACUGUAGAACUCGACCAGACCAUUCCUUGCACCGGCAAAGAGUGCACCACCGUCACAGUCCAGCUGCUCAACGUCUCGGGCGGGCUCUACGAAUACUUGCAGCCCACGUGUGUCAACAUGUUCUUCUUCAAUGGGAGGAUCACCCGGGACUCUGGGCGAAGGUGGGGCUGGUCUCAAACGUGUCGGGAUCCCGAGUCGCUGCUUGCGGGCAUCGCCUGCUGCGAUGGCUGCAAGAACCGUACGGACAACUGGAUGAGAAACAGAGGCUACACCUGCGAGAAUGCCGAAACGACCUAUCCCAACAUGUUCACGUCAAGAUGCAACAACUCCGAUUGGUGGAGCAACAGCAAGUACUGCCAGCUUGCCUGCUGGCAGAAGGGCGUGGGCUACGAGGGUGACGACUGCUCCUUCGGCCCCUGGCACGCGGAACGAGUGUGCAACUACAACUGGGAGCGUGUUCGCCUGUCGACGGCGGAAGCGGUUUGUGCCGCAAAGGGGAUGAAGCUCUGCAAUGAAAAGUUGGAGGGCUACGGUUGCAACUAUGACAGCAUGCAGGUAUGGACGCAGGAACCCUGCUCCUACGAGGUCAUUGUGUCCGAUGAGGGCAAGGUGGCUUCCAACUUCACCAGCAAGACCAGGAACAACUGGAUCAAAGCCGUGUGGAAGAACGGCUACCCCAAGAUGCAGAACGGCCAAUGCCCAUCUGGUUGCACUCCGUUUGGCAGCGCAUGCUCCUGCAGCAUGACCGUUGAAGUCCGCGCAGUCUUCACUUCAACUCCAACACCUUCACAGAUUCAGCAGCUGAAGAUCGGAGCCUUCCCUCCCACCACUCCCUGUUCUACCAGCUGCAGCGGCCCGGUGAAGGCCUACCAGAAGGACGGCAAGUUCGACGAGUUUACCGUCUUCGAGUACAUGGGCUCCUUUUACAGCAACAAGGAGAGUGUUGUGGUGUUGCCGGGCUUUGAGCUCCGCAAUCCGCCUAACUUCAUGCCCCAUGUCUACAUGAGCGAGCAUCACCAUCCAAAGCAUGCUUUGGCCGAAGUGGAGGCCCUACUUGACCACCUCUUCAAGCAUCCCAACGUGGCGCCCUUCAUCAGCUACCGCCUCAUUCAGCGUUUUGGAACCUCCAAUCCAUCCCCCGCCUACGUCCAUGGUGUGGCGGAUGCCUUCAGAAAAGGCAGCUACGGCGGCAAGACCUACUCCGGCAAGUACGGGGACCUGGGGGCAACGGUGGCGGCCAUCCUCUUGCAUCCAGAGGCGCGCAACCCCACGCUGGCCUCAGACGGAUCUCUGAGAGAGCCCUUCCUCAAGCUGAUUCACAUCAUGCGCUCCUUGGAGUAUAAGGACGAUUUGGGCAGCAUGCCAGCCCUAAGAGAGCUCAGGGAUCGCAUCGGGCAACAGCCAUAUCGGCAACCCUCCGUCUUCAGCUACUACUUGCCAGAUUUCAAGCCCGACAACUUCCCUGAAGGUAAGGUGGGACCAGAGUUCCAGAUCUUUACGCCUCCGGCCAUCAUCGACUUUCUCAACGGCGUCAACUCACUUGUUGACCGUGGCCUGGGUGACUGCGACCGCGGCUUUGGAGAGUGGGCGCCAGGCUGUUCGGCGGGAAAGCUCACGCUGGGACAGCGGGAUUGCUUGCAACCCACCGUUGACCAGCUGGACUUGCUGCUGACAGGUGGCCGCCUUCACAAUCCGCAGUUCAUCCGGGCGGCCUACGAAGAGGCGAAUGGGGAGGACCGCUACGAGGUUGCGACCCAGGCUGUGCUUUUAAGCCCGGAGUUCAACACCAUUGGCACUCCGAUGCCCAUGGGUCCUCGACCCCCUCAGCCACCGAAGCCCGUGGAGGUGCCCGGCGAGUACAAGGCAACAGUCAUGGUCUUCCUGAACGGUGGGGCGGACAGUUUCAACAUGCUGGUGCCCAUCAACUGUCCUUUGAACGACGAGUACAAGCAAGUCCGUGGGAACGUCGCGCUGAACAACAACGAACUGCACGCCAUCAACGUCGCCAACCAGGAUUGUGCCGAGUUUGGCAUCCACCACGAGCUGAAAACCUUCAAG